AUGGCUUCAAGUCCUGCAGUUUUACACAAGAAACUCGAAGAACUCGAAGCCCAAAUCAACAACAUACUCCCCCAAAACCCCAUGCAACUCCCUCAUAACAACUUGGCAGUCUACCAAAUCAACAAGAAAUUUGAGUUCAUCAAGACCCUUCUCAAUGCUGAAUCGAACUCUGCAGACGACAACAGCAACAACCAUCUUGAAGAGAUAGGCAAUAGGCUGUCUAUCGUCGAGAACAACUUCAUAGCUUGGGUUGAUUCAGGGGCAGAGAAGACUGAAUCAAAUUUGAAUGAUCUCGAUGAAGAGAUCGCAGAGAGACUGUCUUUCAUCGAGAGCAACUUUACUUACUUGAACUCUUCAGAUCAGGCCGAAGAAAAAGAGGAUGUCGAUGAUGAUGAUGAUGAUGAUGAUGAAAAGGAAGAAGAGGAGGAAGUAGAUCAGGAUUCCGAAGUUUCUGAUGUAACAGAGGAAGUUAUUCUUUCAAAGGCGAAUAUUGAGAAAAUUGUCGCAGAGGUGACAGAGAGAGUGAGAGAGAAGGAGAAGAGGCGAGGCCGAUGGUUGACGAGGCUCGGAGUGAUGGCAGCGGCAGCGGCGGUUGCUGCAGUUGGAGUGGCGAUGGCCGGAAUUGAAUCAGUGGAAGAAACUGUUUAUCUCGUACCUACAUAA